AUGGCGUCUACUGUUGAGAAGACCUCUCAGCCCACAGGCAGCACUCCCCCGUCAUCCACCACUGAACAAGGCGUUCUAGAAGCUGGCCAUCUCACUGCCAUUCCUGCUCAUAACAGACUUCAGCACCUUGCAAACCGCCUCGAUGCUCUUGCUGGCGUCGAGUCUCGUGGCAUUGAGCGCGUCCCUCCCGAGCUCCGGGACCGGAAAAUGGGGCUGACUGAUUACCUUGGAAUUGGCAUAAUGUGGUUCAGUAUCAACUGCACAGCAAACCAAAUGACCUUGGGUGUCCUCGGUCCCGUGUCCUAUGGUCUGGGCUUUGUGGACGCCGUGCUAUUGUGUAUGUUUGGCACCAUCUUCGGCGCGGCCUGCUCGGGAUACAUCGCAAGCUUUGGCCCAAUAUCAGGCAACCGGACUUUGGUCAUUGCGAGAUACUCGAUGGGAUGGUGGCCUUCUCGAAUCUGUGUCAUCCUGAACUGGGUUAUUGAGAUGGGCUAUGGUCUGGUUGACUGCCUCGUAGCCGGUUUGAUCCUCUCUGCUGUCAACGGACGAGGAAUGUCUGUGAUUGUUGGUAUCGUCAUUUCUGCUGUUAUCACCUGGGUUGUCGCAACCUUUGGUAUCAAAUGGUUCCAUACCUUUGAGAGAUGGAUCGCCAUCCCGACGGUGUUGGUUCUUUUCAUCUUCAUCGGGUGCGCGUCGCCUCACUUUGACGCAUCUUCCAAAUCAGUCGGUUCCGGGGCAACACUUGCUGGUAAUCGCGUCAGCUACUUCUUCCUCACUGCCUCUGGCCCUCUAGGCUGGGUGCCAGCUGCCGCGGAUUUCUUCGUAUAUUAUCCAGAAGGUACCUCUCGCAAAUGGGUGUGCUUCAUGACCACGGCUGGGAUGACCCUGGGCAAGCUCUUGAUCGAGUUCUUGGGUAUCGGUCUGGGCACAGGACUUUCAACCAACCCGGACUGGUCCGAAGCCUUCUCGAGCUCCGGCGUCGGUGCAUUGGUUGUGGCCGGAUAUGCCCCUCUACAGGACUUUGGAAAAUUCUGUGCUGUUGUCCUCGCAUUGGCGGUCGCAGCCAACAACAUUCCCGGCACGUAUGCUGCGGCUUUGAACUUCCAGCAACUCUGCACACCGUUUUCCAAGAUUCCCAGACCAGUGUGGACAACGGUGGCUGCUAUCAUAUACAUGGUCUGUGCUAUCGCCGGCCGAGCGCAUCUCCUCUCCAUCUUCCUGAACUUCCUCGGCCUCAUUGGGUACUGGGUCAUCAUUUGGAUCGCCAUCGUCCUUGAGGAUGAAUUCAUCUUCCGCCGAAGGGUUGGCUUUGUAUGGGAAGAUUGGAAUGAUAAGAGUAAACUGCCAGUGGGUAUCGCUGCUCUCAUCAGCUUCUUGAUCGGCUGGGCGGGUGCCAUUGUCUGCAUGGGUCAGACUUACUACUAUGGUCCCAUUGCCAGAUUGGUGGGAGAAUAUGGUGCCGAUCUCGGACUGCCUGUCGCUUUUGCCUGGACUGCCCUGUCCUAUUACCCUCUUCGACUCUUAGAGAUCAAGCUUCUCGGCCGAUGA